ACCGACAGCAGUGACGGAUACGUGAUUAGCUCCUGAAGGGCGCUGUCAGCCACCAGCCCAAUCCGAGCCAAGCGGUGCGUCCUCAGGCGGAGUUUGAGGAGACGCGCGGUUAGUUUUAGUUUGUGUUGGUUGGACCGGGAGGAGGAGGAGGAGGAGGAAGACGAAGAGGAGGAGGGCGACGAGGAGGAGGAGGCGACGGAUGUCAUUUUUUUCAUGUGUACCAACAGGGCACGUUUCUCGGGAGCGAGACCCAGGCGGGUGUAAACUGUCCGCACAGGCUCCAUCAGCAGGCGUCUGACCGGACCGGUCCGUCCCGGUUUGUGGUUGAUCUUCGGGUGGUCAAGACAGAGGGAAGACGGCGGGUUUUCUAGAAGACAUCACAUGAAUUCUGUCGAGGGUCGAAUUUUUUCGUUGUUCUUUUUGGUUGCCUCUUUCAGCCCCAGCAAUUUAAAAAGAAAUACCCGUGCUGCGUGUCUCUUUGCUGCAGAUGAUGUGUGAGGGGGGAGCAGAAAACUGCAUUUAUUGGCCUAUUGGUGGCUGAGCUGGACAUCGAGGAAGAGGAAGGAGGGGGGGGAAGAAAAAAAAAACAUGUCAGUGAGUCAACAGCUGGAGUGGAAAACACACGACGGAUCUCGGUUAACGCGUCUUCCUCAUAGCUGACGCAUGGGCUUAAUUCAACAUUCGGUAAAUCAGCAGCGCGCCGAGCCAGGAGAAACCCGACUGCACCGCCUCACAGGACCGGAGAAAGAGGACAUCCUUCACCGACAGAACCCAGCGAUGGACUCCCCCAGCGCAGACCUUGGCUGUUAACUGUUAACAGAUGUAUUAGGGAGCUGUGUUGGAAAAGAAGAAGUUGAGAAGGGCGCAAGGAAGCAAGGCAGGAAGGGAAGGAGAAGGAGAGAACAUCUCCGGUUACCGCUGGAUAACGCAGCUCAGUCUCACCCCCCCCCCCCGGGACCGGCGCACGGGAGGAGGACGGAACGGGGAGGCGGAAUGUGGCAUCGCCGUUACCCUCCGCUUUGACUUGAGCGAGGGCCGUGUCGGGCAGUCGCGCGCGGGGGGCGGGGGAGGUUGGGGGACAACCGGUGGUCGUUUUACAUCCAGUGUGUGUGUGUGCGCGCGUGUGUGCGGGUGGUGGUAAAAACCGGUUUUUGAUGCGCGAGAAAGUGACGUUCCGCCCUCCCACCUUCCCGCCCUUUGCCGGGAGCCUCUUGUCGACCCAACGGACAGUAAUAAAACCAUCUAUAUGUUAUUAGUAUUAAUCUCACCCCACCCCCCACAUUUUUUUUGGAGUAGCCGUCUGUUGAAAUCUUCAUCUCCGAGUCUCCAAAAUCUCGCGGGAUAUUAAAAAAAAAAAAAAAAUUAAAAAAGGGUGUGAAUCUAAAAGACAGACGGACACAAAAAAAAAAACCGGGAGCCGCCUUUAUGAAGAUGCUGAUGUGUGACCGCGGCGUCCAGAUGCUCGUGACGACGGUGGGCGCGUUCGCCGCCUUCAGCCUCAUGACCAUCGCCGUCGGUACCGACUACUGGCUGUACUCGCGCGGGGUCUGCCGCACGAAGAACAGCGGCGACAACGACACGAGCCGCAAGAACGAGGAGGUGAUGACGCACUCCGGCCUCUGGCGAACCUGCUGUCUGGAAGGAACAUUCAGAGGUGUGUGUAAGAAGAUUGAUCACUUCCCGGAGGACGCCGACUAUGAAGCCGAUGCCGCUGAAUACCUCUUACGUGCUGUGCGGGCCUCCAGCAUCUUCCCCAUCAUGAGCGUGGGUCUGCUGUUCCUGGGGGGCCUCUGUGUGGCCGCCAGUGAGUUUUACCGGAGCCGACACAACGUGAUCCUCAGCGCGGGAAUCUUCUUCGUGUCUGCAGGUCUCAGCAACAUCAUCGGCAUCAUCGUGUACAUCUCCGCCAACUCGGGCGACCCGGGUCAGAGCGACAGCAAGAAGUCGUACUCCUACGGCUGGUCCUUCUACUUCGGCGCCCUCUCCUUCAUCAUGGCGGAGAUGGUGGGCGUGCUGGCCGUGCACAUGUUCAUCGAGAAGCACCGCAAGCAGCGGGCCAAGUCCCGCACCGAGCUCAUCAAGAAGUCCGCCUUCAGCCGCAUCCCCUCCUACCGCUACCGCUUCCGGCGCCGCUCCAGCGUGCGCUCCUCCGAGGCCCCGAGCCGCGACGCCUCCCCGCUGGGGAAGGGCGGCUACACGGGGCCCGCCGCCGCCUCCGAGAUGCCCAUGUACACGCUGAACCCGCGCGAGGCGGGCAGCGCCGGCGCCAAGCCCGGGGGGGGCGGCGGCGGCGGCGGCGGGCUGCUCAACUCGGAGAGGGAGUUCCUCCAGAGCAGCACGCUCACCAAAGACUACAGCAAGGACCCCAACCGCAGGACCACGCCCGUCUGA